CUGUCGUUAAGGGCAGAAGGCUCAUCGAAACCGUCGUUUCCAAAACAAAUCUGAGCGUAGAAGUAAAAAAAAGAGUAAAAAUUUAAAAACUGAAAGAAUGCAAUCAAAGAUCAGUUCAUUUUUCAAGCCCUCUCCAGCUACGGCCAAAAUUAAAGUCGCAUCUCCGAUUUCUGCUAUUAUAUUCGCCAACGAAGCCGAGAUCUGUGAAGACCCAGAAAUAACUGUUACUUACAAGCGCAGAGCUAGAAACCCAGGCAGUGAGAGUGAUGCCGAUUCAGCUGGAGCAACAAACAGACUUGGUGAGGUGGAUAUGGUAGCAAAACUGGAGGUGCCCAAGUCUGGAAAAGUUCUUAAUAAAAAGAGAAAAUACGCACAGUUUUAUUUGGAAUUAGGUCAGUCUGAUUUUCUGCUGCACGCUUGUACAAUUUGUGGAUUUAAGUAUGCCAAAGGUGAUGAAGGGGAUGAAAAGGUUCACAAAACAUUUCACAAGAAUUACACUCACGGCAUUCAGUUUAAGGGGUGGCGAAAUGAAAGAGUUAUAUACGUUCCUUCGCUUGACACUGGGCGUGUUAUCAUAGUGUUAAGCGAUGACCCUCCUGCUCAAAGAAGCAAGGUUCAGGAUGUUGUUAAGAUGAUGGAGAUGGAUCUUGGGGAUGGGUGGAUAUUUCAUCAGCACUGCAAGGUGUAUCUGUUUGUAUCUUCUGGAAGAGUUACUGGCUGUCUAGUUGCAGAACCAAUAGAGAAGGCCUAUCGGAUUGUUUCAAGCUCAACAGGAAAAAAGUCUCAGGAUCAAAAUGGAAAAGGAGGAAGAGAGAAUUCAGUGGUUCUCCAAUUUGGUGAAGUGAGCUUCCAAAGAGAAAUAGUGAGAAAGAAUAACUCUGCCAAAGGCAAGGAAAUGUGUGAUUCAGUCACUGGAGAGAUCUUAUGUGAGAAGGAAGCUGUACCUGCUAGUUGUGGUAUAAGGGCCAUUUGGGUUACUCCUUCCAACAGAAGGAAGCACAUCGCGAGUCACUUGCUGGAUGCUGUGAGGGGCAGCUUCUGCAAUGGCCGAAUUCUGAAUUGUACCGAUUUGGCAUUUUCUCAACCAACCUCUGCUGGAAGGGCCCUAAUAUCCAAUUACAUUGGCGGAAAUGCAUUCUUGCUCUACACAACUUCGUGAUUUUGAGUAAGAAACAUUCGCAAUUCCAUCUAAGGGUUUCCUUGGGGAAAAAUGUUGGACGGCGGUGGCGGAGCUGCGUUUCCGGUGAUAUUCUACGAUGGAGAGCGGGAAAUCAACAUUGGAGACAUCCGUGUCCAACCAAUGUUGGAAUUCAAGACAUUCCAGAUGAUGAUCAGCCAGAAGAUCGGAAUCUCCCCCAACCAAAUCUCCAUCUAUCUCGUCCACCACAGUUCCCUGGCUGAGGAACGCCGGAAGACCCCCAUCACGGGGAAAGUGAAUUUCGCCUUGAUCAUUCGCCAGAAGGACUGCUUCUUUCUUGUCGUCUUGAAGAGGUCAAGAAAGUCUAGGAACCGGAAGUUGAGGCCCAACAGCGUUGAUUUCUGCGACUACUUGUCGGAUAAUGAUUUCCUGCCGUCUCCUCCGCCGGAGAAUGUGGUUCUCCUCCGGCGAAACCAGGCGGAGGUGAAUAUGAACGGUCUGCAAGUUAAUUGUUUCGGCAAGCCGUUCUACGAUCAGAUUACCCAGGUCCAGCUGGCGGGUUUAAAUGAUCGGCUGCAAAAUUUGAAGGUGCAGAGGGAGAAAUACGGCAUACCUGCGCCGCAACCCGUGAAUUUCAGCGGCCCCAGUUUGGCUCCGAGGCCGAUGCCGCCCAACUUGAACCCGAGUUUGGACCCGGGUUCAUUUCCAAGGAUCCAAGAGACGAUGACGAGAAACGUGAAAGAAAGUAGUAGUACUAGUGCCAGUAAUAAAGUAGCCUGCGAGGAAUGCGUGAACGCCAAGAAGGCUGGCUGCACCGCACCCUUCCAUCCUUGUGUAAACGACCCGCUAAUUCCGCGGUUCUUGACUCGGGCCGGCCCGAUUGCUAGGCCCGUCAAAUCUCCCCGGUGAAGGUUCCAUAUUUAAAUAAAGUUAAAUAAAUGGUGGAUAAGUGAGUAAUGUAUUGUUGGGGAAGCUUCUGGCAAGAACUGGAUAUUUUUUUUUCCCCCUUUUUUCUUUUUUGUAAUUGCGAGUGGCUUUUGUUUGUGUAUAGACUAUAGAAUUGAACAGGAGGUUUUCAUUCAUUGGCUCUGUGAUGGUACGCAGUAACGAACGUGUACCAUUACCAUCGAUAUGGUUUAACCAAAGGUGCGUUGAAACUCUAGAGGAGAUGGUAGUUUAGAAGCUGCUCUGGCGGCCAUUAGUAAUCUGAGAAGCAGAGUGUAGUUGGUGGCUUUAUAUUGACAGAUAUGCCCUUUAAGGAGGAAGGGCAAGGGCCAAGGUUUUGGAUUUGUAUUGUUGUGGGUCCCCUGUGGGGGCCCCGCUCGUGAUUUGGGCGAAUUGUACAUUUUUAUUUUUCCCCUUUUUCUA